AUGAUGCAGCAUUUUGACAUGGCUCUACUGUCGGCAUUUGUGGAGAGGUGGCAGCCGGACACAAACACCUUCCACAUGCCGUUUGGAGAGAUUUCGAUCCUUAUACACGAUGUGCAUCACAUUCUUCGGAUACCGGUUGACGGAGAGAUGAUGGGAGAUGAGGCGUCGCCGGAUACUCUUAAGUCAGACAUGGGUGGUCUAGUUCGACUUUCGGUGGAUGCUCAGGUUGGUGGUAAGUGGAAGUUUAAGUGGUACGAUAAUGGUGCUAUGCAUGCAGAGGGAUUGUUGGUGCGUGGGGGAGAGUUGAAGAUUAAGGAGAUGGAGGUGCAGUGUGUACCUAUUUGUGUUACUGGAAUCCACGCUUUUUGUGGAUAA